GGACAAGUAACGGGAACCACACAAUUAUUGGGCCCGCAAGGAACUAUGAGCACUUCAACCGAACAACAGACAGGCUCUUCGCAGUUGACGCAAGGCUCUGGUACUGCUACAACGCAUGGUUCAAUUCAAGGCGGACUUCAACAACAGGGAGGCCAGACAGCAACCGGGACCAACGUUUCCAGCGCGAAUGGAAUUAUUAGCACAACUGAAGUGUCGACAUCGCAGUCGAGUGCUGGUGGAAUUAUCGUCACUCAAGUAACAAAAGGACAAGAAGAAUCGCAGAAACAAACGGGGAUCAUCAAAGAAGGUUCCAGCCAGACAGGAAAUCAAGGGCCCUCGGGUGGGCAGCAAAAGCCUCGUCCUGAGCUUAAACUACCAACUAUAUACGUAUCGAAACUUAGACCUCCUCCAAUCGAUAAAGACUGCAAGGUGACACUCUCUUACGUACCAGCACGAAGAUGCAGGCGUCCAAGAUGGUAUUACGAUAGUGAGAAGAAAGCCUGCCGUCCAAGCUGCACUAAAGAAGCACCGUUUUAUAACAAAAUAGCCUGCGAUGGAGUGUGCCGAACUCUGGAAGCUUGCGACUUUCCAAUGGCAAGCAUUCCUUGCUUCUUCCGUAAGGUGCACGUUGUAUACAUUUAUAAUCAGUGGAAGAAGAAAUGCAUGAAGGGAUACGAUUGUUCUUAUUUCGGAAAUAAAUUCCCAACUUUAAGAGAAUGCCAACAAACUUGCAAACUCUAUGAAGCUCUUCGUCAUGUGAAGAACACCACACAGAGCAGCUCUCAAGUCUCCACCAAAAGAGAGAAGAUAAUUUCAACUAUGUCUCAACAACAAAAAGUGUCGCAGUCAGCCAUAUCUUCCGUGCAAGGGUCUUUAAGUUCUCAAACAAGCCAUGGCCAUGAGUCGACAAGCACUAUAUCAAGCAGCGCCCAGUUGUCCCAAUCUGCGGGCCAGUCAGCGACACAGCAAAAUUCGGAAACCGGUUCUGGCGUUCAAAUCAACGGCGGAUCCCAACAUCAGACAAUAACUGGAGCCGGCGUAGGCUCUCACCAUUCGACGGAGGGAGAGACUACCAUUUCAAGUGGUCAGCACAUCUCGUCACUUACAGGUGGUGCGCACCAUAAUAUGGAAAGUUCCACAACAAACAGCUUCCAGCAGUCGAGCCAAAUAAGCCAUUCACUCUCAUCCUCGAGUCACCAAAUCAAUCAGUCGCACACAGGGUCAUCUGCACACCUACAGAUUGAAACGAACGGAAUGGGAACAGGAGCAGGUCAGCAGAACACAAUCCGUGGCACAACUGGUAGCUCUGAAAAUUCCAUCCACACGAACUAUAAUGGUUUAACUGGGAGUGGCCAACACGGCUCGUCUGUCUCAGGAUCGCCUUCUCACUCUGUCCUUGUAGGACAUCAAAUUGUUACAGGAGCAGGUCAGCAGAACACAAUCCGUGGCACAACUGGUAGCUCUGAAAAUUCCAUCCACACGAACUAUAAUGGUUUAACUGGGAGUGGCCAACACGGCUCGUCUGUCUCAGGAUCGCCUUCUCACUCUGUCCUUGUAGGACAUCAAGUUGUUACAGGUGGGCAACAUCAAACCACUACUUCUGGAGGAAGCAGCUGGCAAACGUCCAGCCACAUAAGUGGCUCUGGUACAUCUGUGAGUCAUCAGACUGGUUCGUCAUCCUCAGGAGUAUCUGUUGGCUCCAGCACUCAUGGACAGCUACAAGGAGCAGUGGAAACAUGUGGGGCACCGUUGAAAACUGCCCUCUGUAUGUUUGACGUAUAUGCUAUGUACGCCUACGACGCCUAUUCAGGAACUUGCUUCAUGUUAUACGACUGUUCUCUACACGGAAAUAAGUUCCCUACCAUACAAACAUGCAGGCACGCUUGCGUACGAGGUGCACCAGCGCUGCCGGGAGGCGCACAAGUGUCCGGAGUUUAA